AUGGGCAAAGACUUCCAGCUGCGCCUUUUGCAAUGGGUCCCCGAGGCCUGCAUCACUUCAGACGAGGACAUACAACUCCUUGCUGACGGUCAGCAUCCAGACCCUCAGCACGUCCUGGGCGUACAGGUGGUGGGCUCUUACGUCAUCCUUCGCUGUUGGAUCAGCGGAGCGGAAUCCGUGGCAGUCGCGAACAACGAGGAGAUCUUCGUCCCAGAGCUCUCAGAUGCGCGGGAGGAUCCCCCCGGACAGGUGCCUCUUCUUCCUGUUGACCGAUGCCCACCUGAGUGCCCAUGGCUUUUUGAGCGGGUCUUCGAGUACAUAGGCGGCGACGACGACAAGUCGCAGCUUCAGAAAUGGAACUACGAUGUUAACAUUCAGUUCCAGGGUGGUGCAAUCGGCACCAUCACCUACCCGCACUCCCUAGGAGCCCUUCUGCCCGAAUGUUUCCUUACGGGCUUUGCUGCGGGUAUGACGGAGACCCCACCGGCCUCAAUGUUUGGAGCUCAUCACAUGGAGCUCCGCAGUCACAAGCAAGGACUGUGGGGCACGCGCUUUGCAGUUUGGGCCCCGAACGCCCACUCUGUAAGCCUCGUGGGGGACUUCAACUACUGGGAUGGGCGGGCGCAUCCCAUGUGCUGCCGGGACAAGUUUGGAGUUUGGGAGCUGUUUCUGCCGUCCUGGGACCUUCGGGGCCAGAAGUAUGCUUACCAGGUGGUGUCGAAAGCUCUCGACUCCGUAAUCAAGGCGGACCCAUACGCUCUGGAGUUCGUGGAUCCAUCCGAUGGAGGACAUGAUGCCAAGGUUCCAGAGUGUGACGACUACAGCAGAGCAGCAUGGCAUGGCACUUAUGCGUGGACUGAUGAUGCCUUCAUCGCGAACCGGCAGGCCAAGUUUGGCAGUGCGACGUGGUGCAAAGAACCGUUGUCCAUCUACGAGGUGCACUUGGGAAGUUUCACUUCAAGUUCGACAAGUUCAAGCUACCGAGACCUGGCGGAGCCCUUGGCAAAGCACGUGCUGGACAUGGGCUUCACCGCCGUAGAGUUCCUUCCGCUCUCACAGUAUCCUUGCUACGAGUCUUGGGGAUACCAAUGUGCAGCGGGGCUCUUCGCUGUGGACAGGCGAAUGGGAACUCCAGACGAUUUCCGCUUCCUAGUUGACACACUGCAUCGCUACGGGAUCGCAGUUUUCAUGGAUUUUGUCGGGGCGCACUUCGCCAAGGACGACUGGGGCCUGAUAGAAUACUCCGGCGCGCCGCAGUACGAGUACGAAGGAAAGCUGGGGAAGAUUCCCGGGUGGGGAACAGCCCGAUACAAUUACGCGAAGCCCGAGGUCCAGGCUUACCUCCUGGGUGCCGCUCAUCAUUGGAUCGAGCACUUCCACAUCGAUGGCCUCCGGGUGGAUGCCGUCGCUGCCAUGAUUUACCGCAACUUCGGCCGGGAGGAAGAUGGGGAUGCGAUCAUGGCCGGCAAGGGCCAGCUGAAUGAGGACGGCAUUGCUUUGCUCCGAAGGCUGUGUGCUGAGGUGCGCGCGCGGCAUCCUGGCGUCAUCCUCUCGGCUGAAGAGUCUACGAACUUCAGAUGGGUGACUGAUCGCCCUGCUGAAAACGGCACUGAGAGACAGCGAGGAGAGCUGCGAGACCUGGGGUUCCACCUGAAGUGGAACAUGGGCUUCACGUAUGAUGCUGUCUCGUACUUCGGUGCGAAACCGAAAGAGCGACAUCAGCUGGACACCUUUGGGUGGAAGAGACUGGCAUGGUAUUUGGCAUAUGCGUUCAAUGAGAGAUGGAUCCUCCCCUUCUCUCACGACAACAUGCAGCCGAAAAGCUUGCUAGACCAGAUGGCAGCCGACAAAGAAAUGGGCAUCGAGGGGCAGUUUGCGCAGCUCCGCCUGCUGUUCUUGUACACGGUUUGCAUGCCUGGACGGCCUUUGAUGUUCAUGGGCUCAGAGAUAGGCGAAGAUUGGUCAUUGUCCAGCCCGAUCGAUUGGGAGAUUGCCGCCAGGGACCCCAACAAACAGCAGUUGCGAAGCUGGGUGGCAAAGCUGAUGAAGCUAUAUCGCCAGCUGAAGUGUCUUCAUCGUCAGGAGGACCGUGCAGAUGGCUUUCACUGGCUCGACAAGGAUGCCAGCAGCCGGUGCGUCUAUGCCUGGAAGCGUUUGGCCAAAGAUGAGCCAGAGGCCAUCAUUGUCAUCAAUGCCUCCAUGUCCCACAUCAGUUCAUACUACAUCAACUCUGGAGACACUUCUGGAGCUUGGAAGUGCAUGGCAGCAACAUCCAUCGGCGAUUGCGUCACAACGCCUCGCUCAGCGCGGGUUGUGCUGGGCCGCUCGAAGUUUGCCACGGAGUUGCCACCCAUGGCUGCGCAGAUCUGGGUACCCUGCGAGCCCGAGUUCCCUGGAUGUCUUCAGUUUCAAGUGGCCGGGGCUGAACAUGUUGAAGGAAUCUACAUGUUGGGUGAAAACCUGUUACGGGCCCUGCGUUUCGCAAUGGUGUUUCCUGAUUCUUGCGCUGCUAUUGUGCAAAACUCCAAAUUGGGGCUUCUGUUCCUAGUUUUAGCAUUGCAAGAACCUGCCCUUGCAUUCGAAUUGUGCUGA